GAUUUCCAUCUGAAGAAUGCUCGUGGCAUGCGGCUGGCUUGCAGCAUGUUCGGCUCUUAUCCCAAAAAGCCCAUGUCUGCGAUGCCGUGCGUCAUCUACCUGCAUGGAAACUGCUCUUCACGGUCAGAGGCGCUUGAUGUGCUGCAGGCCGUCCUGGCGAAGGACUUGAGACUUUGCUGCCUGGACCUUUCCGGGUCGGGCCACAGUGAAGGGGAAUUCAUCUCCCUUGGGCACUUCGAACAAUUCGACUUGCAGGUGCUCAUUCAGCACCUCCGCAAUGCGGGCGUGCGGCUUUUUGGUCUCUGGGGAAGGUCCAUGGGUGCGGUGACGGCCAUCCUGAGGGCAGCGGAGGACCCAUCGAUCGGUGCGCUCAUCCUUGACUCGCCCUUCAGCCACCUUCCUCAAGUUGCGCAGGAGCUGGUACAAAGCCAGAUCGGGCUGCCUGACUUCCUGGUGAGCAUGGCCUUGAGCCAUGUGCGCACUGCGAUCCAGGAGCGGGCCUACUUCGACAUUCAGGAGUUGCAGCCCAUACGCAGCGCGCCUCAAGCGAGGUCGCCAGCACUCUUCGCAGUUGCAGAAGAUGAUGACUUUGUGCUGCCUCAUCACACGCAUGAUCUGCAUCGGGUCUGGGGGGCUGAAGCAAAGCUGGUUACCUUCACGGGCGGCCACAAUGGAUCCCGUCCAAGAUGGUACCUGGAGCAGGCAGCGGACUUCUUGGCCACCAGACUCGUUGAAACCUUGCCGACAGCAGUCAGCCCCGGGCCCAUCUUCAAAGAGGCGAAGGAGCCGGCUCCAACUCUACACGUUGAGGACCCGCUGCCGCCUCCUCCGCCCCCUCCGCCCCCAUUAAACGAUGGAGAUGCGGAGGCGGAGGAGGCGGAAGGACGGAAGUACCAAGGACCGGUCCAAGAUCCGGUGCUGCAGCAGCUUCGGGAGAUGGGCUUCAGCCAGGACAUCGCCCAGGAAGCAGCGCAGCGCUUCGAAUCCGCAGAGGUGCUAACAAGCGUAGGCUGA